AUGAAUUGUCGAGAUGAUGUUACUAACAAGGGACAAGGAACCCCAACGGCUACUGUCAACCUUGCUGGAAAAGAUUACCCCCUCUACGUGCACAGCUAUCUCGGAUAUGGGUUAAGCGAGGCCACUGAUUCAUACUACAAGCAUCUUGCUAGCAGUUYCAUAGGUUCCACCGUAGUAAGCCCAUGUCAYAACAAAGGUUUUACCAAAACGAUMACCAAUAACAACAGUCAAAUAACAAUCAWMGGUGGCUACAAUGAGAUUAAGUGCCAAAAUCUUUUAAAAAWGAUGUUCUUUUGCAACGGAAAUGCACAGAAUUGUCCUUUUGUAAAUCAGCCUAAGCUUGAAGGGAAUUUUUUCGGUAUUAAUGCUUUUUACUAUGUCAUGAAGGAUAUUGGGGUUAUCCAAUCUCAUGGUCAGAGGGCAUGCUUUUCCAAGUUUAAACAACUUUCCCAUGAUCUUUGCAGUCUCCCUUCAGCUUCUUUAGACACGAGUUUAUACCAAGUUCAGGGUCUCUGUUUUAGAGCGAAUUAUCUUUAUGAGAUGUUCAAAGAUGGUUACCAUAUCGAUUUGAAAAAGUUCAUUCUGCAUAUUGGGAAAAAGAUGAGCAAUUUUGAUUUGAGUUGGGCUUUAGGGGCACUGCUUUUCAACUCCAAGAUUCUGUAACAGCUAAUGAAUCUGAAUAUUGUUGGAACACGUUGAAAUAAAAGCUAUACAAAAUC